AUGACGAAAGAGGCGCUGAAGAAACUCUGCCGAGAACAUGACCUGUAUUCUGUUCCCGCCCUGAACGACGUCCUCUACCUCCAUUUCAAAGGCUACACGGAAAUCGAAAACCUCGAGGAGUACACGAGCCUCAAGUGCCUCUGGCUGGAGAACAACGGCUUCCGCGCCAUCACCGGCCUCCACCACCUCCGCCACCUCCGCUCCCUCCACCUCCACCACAACCUCAUUACCUCCUUGGACGGCCUCCAGAACCUGCGCUCGCUCGUCACCCUCAACGUCUCGUACAAUAUGAUUUCUAGGAUCGAGCACCUCAGUGGUCUCCCCCAGCUGGAGACGUUACAGAUAAGCCACAAUCGCCUCACCACAGCAGAGGACACGCAACAGCUGGCUGAGUGCAGUUCUCUCUCCUGCCUUGACCUUUCGCACAAUAAGAUCAAUCAAGCGGAGAUUGUCCAGGUCCUGGGUGUCAUGCCAGAGCUCAGGGUGCUGCAGCUAACAGGUAACCCGGCGACCCGCGAGGUACGACCUUACCGCAACACCCUCAUCACGACCUGCUGUAACCUGACCUACUUGGACGACCGCCCUGUCUUCCCAGUGGACAGAGCCGCUGCCGAGGCAUGGCUUGAAGGGGGAGUGGAGGCUGAGAGAGCCAUGAGAAGGGAGUGGGCAGAGCGAGAACACCAACGUCAAAGAGACUGUGUUAAUGGUGAGAUCCUCUUUGUUAAUGUGGAAAGAGUAUAUGUAUUACUAAAGAAUUAA